AUGUUGUCGCAGACAGGUCGUCUGCCUGUGCGCCUAAGGAAAUGGAACUUGAAACCACCAGCCGUUGUCUUCCGACUACCCAAAUUCGAACCUCCACCUCUCUCUCCAAAAUGCGUCUUCCCCUUGGAAGGCGCAGAAUCUGGCGAGGAAGCUGAUGCCAAUGGUGGCGGCCACUCCUCACGCGUACCAAAGGGUUGCCUCGCCGUCUACGUUGGGGAGGGGAUGAGAAGGUUUGUGAUCCCGCUCAGCUAUCUAAACCACAGCAUUUUCAGGGCAUUACUGAAGAAGGCAGAGGAAGAGUUUGGCUUCUCAACCAACGGAGGAAUCAGGCUUCCCUGCCAACCUCUUCUUUUCGAGCAUAUUCUGUGGCUACUCGAAAACAAGGAUCCGAUUGUUCAGAAUCUACAACUGGAAGAGAUCUUAGAGCUUUACCACGAAGUUGGCGACGAAUGGAAGAGCUCAUGA